AUGCCCCAAAUUCACAUCCGCGACGCGGGUCUCUCCCCAGACGACGCAACCUUCAUCGUCGAAGCAUUCGACUCGACCCUCCCCCACCUCGAAGCCGUCGGCAGCGGCGAGAUGUGGGGACCCACGCCCUUCUCGCAGAAAGACGGCUUCGCCGACGAGACCGCCAAAGACGUCCGCGCAUCGGAGACGUACAGGACGACCGGCGAGGGGGAGGCUUUGCGGAUCUUCGUGGCUGAGGUCGAGCUCGGGACGGAGGCGGCGGCGACGGCGGCGGCGGGGGCCACCCCGCACGGGCUCCGCUGCCGGGUUGCCGAGGACGACGGGGCGCGGUCUCUCGCCGUCGGGGCCGCGUUUGUGAGGGAGCGGUGGGUGCCUGAUCACAUUGGGAAGCAGUUUCACGUUGAUGGGAUCAGAGAUGCGUUGGAGGGGAGGGAGGACUUUGUGUUUCUUGAUGUUGUGGUUACGGAUUAUCGGGCUGGUGAGAUGCGGGAGGGGGCUGGCGGGGCUUUGGUUGGGAGGGCGAUGGAGUAUGGGGUUGAGAAGGGGAAGAGGGUGCUUUAUCUGGAUGCUUGGGCUGGGAAUGAGAGGAAGUUGGUCAAAUUGUAUGAGAAGAUGGGGUUCAGUGUCGUUGCUGAGUUUGAGAUGAGGAGGGCGAAUGGAUCGAGUUGGCCUGGGGUCUUGAUGCAGUUGAACCUUGGCGACUAA